AUUCAUGGAAUGUGGAAUUCAAACAGAGCAGGGGCGUUCACAUUCACGAUGACUUCCUCACCACAAAUCAUCAAAUAAAGAGAAAAGAAAAUGUGAAUUAUCCAAACUACCUGUCCACCAUCUAUCUAUUCUUCACUCCUUAGCCCAAUCUCAAAUUUAAUCCCCUUCCAAAGGAGGAAAAACACAGAAAAAACACACCAUGAUUAUACACCUCUCAUCCUCUCCAUCUUCUCUUUCUCUCACCCGCCUGCUUAAGUCGAGGUCACCCAUUUCGGAUUCUCCCCACAAGCCCAAAACCCACUUCUCAAAAUCGCAUCUUUCUUCGGCGUUGAACUCAUUCUCUCACAAUUUCCACUGCAAGAAUCAGUUUCUCUAUGGAAAAAGCGGCGACCCAGUUGGGAAAAGGCGAAGUUCCAGGGCCUGGGCCUUCUCCGGAUUCGAUUCCGGCGGCUUCGAGAGCGCCCAAUCGGUUUUAGAGGCGGCGGCAGUGUUGACGGCCAUCAUUGUUGUCCACGAAAGUGGCCAUUUUCUGGCUGCUUAUCUUCAAGGCAUCCGUGUUAGUAAAUUUGCAAUUGGGUUUGGUCCAAUUUUAGCUAAGUUCAAUUCCAACAAUGUAGAGUACUCAAUUAGGGCAUUUCCUCUUGGUGGUUUUGUGGGGUUUCCAGAUAAUGAUCCUGAUAGUGAUAUUCCAGUAGAUGAUGAAGAUUUGCUUAAGAAUAGGCCAAUCUUUGAUAGAAUUCUUGUUGUUUCGGCCGGUGUCAUUGCCAAUAUAGUGUUUGCUUAUACGAUAAUCUUUGUCCAAGUAUUGUCAGUUGGAUUGCCUGUUCAAGAGGCCUUCCCUGGGGUUCUUGUGCCUGAGGUUAGGCCUUUUUCGGCCGCUUCGAGAGACGGUUUGCUCGCCGGAGAUGUAAUUCUGGCGGUUGAUGGGUUUCAAUUGCCGGAAACAACAGGGCCUGGUGCUGUUUCUGAGGUUGUUGAUGUGAUUAAGAAAAACCCCAAAAGGAAUGUGUUGAUUAAGAUUGCUAGAGGGCAGGAAGAUUUUGAAAUUGGAGUCACCCCGGAUGAGAAUUCUGAUGGGACUGGUAGAAUUGGAGUUCAAUUGUCCCCAAACAUUAAGAUUUCAAAGGUUAGGCCGAAGAGUCUGACAGAAGCCCUGAAUUACUCGGGCAGGGAAUUCUGGGGUCUGACAUCUAAUGUUUUGGACAGCUUGAAACAGACUUUUCUUAAUUUCUCGCAAUCAGCCAGCAAGGUUUCUGGUCCUGUUGCAAUUAUAGCUGUAGGUGCAGAGGUUGCAAAGUCGAACAUUGAUGGACUCUACCAAUUUGCAGCUGUGCUUAAUCUGAACCUUGCAGUGAUAAACAUUCUUCCUUUGCCAGCUCUAGAUGGGGGUUCUUUGGCUUUGAUUCUCAUAGAGGCUGCCCGGGGAGGAAGAAAGCUCCCUUUAGAACUAGAGCAGCAGAUUAUGUCAUCAGGAAUCAUGUUCGUCAUAGUUCUUGGGUUGUUCCUCAUUAUCCGGGAUACUCUUAAUCUUGAUUUCAUUAAGGAUAUGUUGUGAAUACUUGGCUGGUCUAUGUGGUUCAGAAUGAUCAAAUGCUGGUGCAAAAUUAGGCAUCUUCGCUGGCAAUGUUCAAUGAAAGCUAUUACAAUUGAGUUCAUAAUGUUUGCUUGAAGUGAUCUCCUACUUGUUCUACGAUUUUAGGGCUGGUAAUUUUUGGCUCAGACUUGGAUCUGUUUCAUUUAACAUUGUUCGGUCUCUGCCUUUGUCUGGCAACCCCUCAUUGUGAUACCGGUAACACUCAUGAACUGGAGAUUCAAUACACAUAAGGUUUUAAAACUUUUAGUAAUUUGUAUCGGUGUGUACAUUAUAUGACAUUCCUACGUGAUAUUUCAUUAUUGAACGCACUAGAUCUAGCGGUUCCAUGGUGGCUAUGCUCUAUUCUUUAAAUUCAAACUUCAGAAAAGUGGAAAGUACUUUAUUUGGGCUUUAA